AUGGCGACUGGUUUCGGCUUGGCCGGCAUGCUGUUGGCACAAAGGGGUGUGUUGUCGUACAAGAAGAUGCCCAAGGAGUCCAAGGAGUCCAAGGAUCGCCAAUUGUCGUCUUCAACAGAGACAACAGCCGCGCCGAUGAGCAGGAAUGUGACCGAGGAUGGCUCGCCAGCUGUUCAGGAGGACCUGUUCUCUGAAGAAAACUUCACGUCGACCAUGUCAGAGGUGAUGGAAUUUCAGAGGACUCCCUACGAGGAUGCUCUGACAACCCUGCCGCCCUGGGACUCUGGACGGUACAAGAUGCUUCAUGUGCUCCGAGCCGCGUCGCCGAGUUGGUUGAGCCAAAUUGAGAUCCAUUUCGACAGCUGGGACAAGAGGGCCGUCCCGGUGAAGCGCUUCACUCCGCAGUGGUUCCAAGCGCAAUCGGAGACGGUCUCGACUCUGAAGGACAUCCUGAUGCUUGAGCGCGCUGGUGGAGUCGCGCCUGGCUGCGCGGCUGACACGUGGCGCUCGGGUGCCUACAAGGACGACCCCAGUGGGGCGGUGUUGCUGGUCUGCGAUGAGGAUCUUGGUGACAACCUUUUCGACUGCUGCGAGACACUGCCCAACCCAGGGAGCGCCCGCGAGGCCGAGGCACUGACAAUCUUGAGGUCCCUCAUCAAAGCCACUUUGGACUUGGAUUCCCUGGGCUUGGUGCACGGACGCAUUCGGGCCGAGAACACAUGGCUGCAACACCUGCCGAACGGGGACUGCAAGGUCUUGCUGUCUGACUUUGGGGAGUCGCGCACUCUGGACGACAAAGGCCGAGAUGCCAUGUUCCUGGCGCCGGAAUUGGUGGAUGGCCCACCGAAGCCCACACACGCAGGGGAUCUAUUCUCAUGUGGCGUUUUGGGCUACGCCUUGGCCAUGGGCCGGUAUCCAUGGUUCAGCACUCGGCCCGGAGAGUGCAAGGCUUUCUCCUAUGCCAGAAGCCACGGGGUGCGAAGCUUGCUGAAAGACCGCCGCUGUCCAGCUUCCAAGGAAGGUCGAAUGUCGCCGGAGUACAAGGAGAUCCUUGGAUGUCUUCUCGAAGUGGAUCCCGGUAUCAGACAACAGAAGGCAAUGUCCAUGCAGACGAUUCUACCGCUAUCGAGACCAAGCCUUCCGAGCAGAGCCCAUCUCUUCGACUGA